CCGGUCUUUCUCAUGCUCGUCUUCUCCUCGUCCUAAGAAUAACCACCACUCAAAGAUAUCCCAAUUUUAAAUCCACCUUCUUCUUAUCCCCUCUGAUCCAAUUCACCACCCUUCUCGAUUCACACCCUCACCAAAUGGAAAAGGAGGCAAGGAAUUUGCAACGUUGAAAAUCCUCACCCCCCUCCUUUCACAUUUUUGGUGUCGACAUGAUCCGCUAGCACUAAUUGGAAUAUUAGGAGUAAACCCUUCGAGGGGGGAAAACCAAACCAAUUCAACCAAAUGCAUACCAUGCCUCCUAAAGGCACCCUAACUUUAAUAUUCCUUCACCAUGAUGUCCUUUCUUUCAACAACAGAGAACACACGUUAAUCACACCCUCUCCCCACAAUAUUCACAUAUGAAAAAAUAAGUUACAUGGCUUGUCCUUAAAGAAAAGGAAAAACCAUGCAAGCAGUACGACGUUAAUGUCUGGCUGUUUUUUCUUUUUAUUAUUAUUAUUAUCAUUAUUCCUAUUACUAUUAUAAUUAUAGAUGGAGAGAAUAGAGAGGAGGAGCAAGAGGGAGGAAAUGAAAGAGAAGAAAUGGAGCCGAAAGAUUGAGUUAACGUUGAUGACGAUGGGUGGCCAGAACCAGAAGAAAGAGGUGGUUGCCUGUGACGACGACGUAUUGGCAUCGCCGAGGGAUGUGUUUGGGGUUCCUAUUUCGGGGACGGAUUCAGACAGCACGGGGAGCAGCAACUACGGCGGUGGGCCGGGGUCGCCGGGCCUGGGCCAGAACCAGGCAGCCCAGGCUCAGAGCCAGCAGUGGAGGGCGAUGAUUGAUGUUUUGAGGUUCAAGUCCGUUAGGAGAUUCUCGACGAUCCCGUUGCUCGCAGCGAGCUACGAGAUCUCGAGGAAGAGCCUGAGGAACAAGUUGGCGCGUAUUCGGCCUGCGAAUGAAGACGAUGACUUCGAUGGCGGUAUUAACAUUGAUGGCAUUUCCACUAAGCCUUCUUGGAGGAACUUCAGUUACGCUGACCUUGCCGUUGCCACGGACGAUUUCAGCCCUGAGAACUUGCUUGGAAAAGGUGGUCAUGCUGAAGUCUACAAAGGAUACUUAGCAGAUGGUCAAGUUGUAGCAGUAAAGAGGAUAAUGAGGAAUGAAAAAGAAGCCGAGGACAGAGCUGGUGAUUUCUUGACAGAACUUGGAAUCAUUGCUCACAUUAACCACCCCAAUGCAACACGCUUGAUUGGGUUUGGGAUCGACAAUGGUCUCUACUUUGUUCUACAAUUGGCCCCACAUGGCAGCCUUUCCUCUUUGCUCUUUGGUUCUGAAUGUUUGGAGUGGAAGAUAAGGUUUAAAGUAGCUGUUGGGGUUGCAAAAGGAUUGCAGUAUCUCCACCACGAUUGCCCAAGAAGAAUCAUUCACAGAGACAUCAAAGCCUCAAACAUUUUACUCAACGAAAAUAAUGAAGCUGAGAUUUCAGAUUUUGGUUUGGCAAAGUGGCUCGCAGAUAAGUGCGACCACCAUGUUGUGUUCCCAAUAGAAGGCACAUUCGGGUAUUUGGCUCCAGAGUACUUUAUGCAUGGAAUUGUUGACGAGAAGACUGAUGUUUUUGCAUUUGGGGUUUUGUUACUGGAACUCAUAACAGGUCGUCGUGCAGUUGAUUCAAAUAGUAGGGAAAGUCUUGUGAAAUGGGCCAAACCACUGCUGGAUGCAAAGUUGAUCGAAGAAAUAGUAGACCCCAGAUUAGAAGAUAAAUAUGAUCUCGCAGAAAUGAAGUGUGUCAUGGCAACGGCUUCCUUGUGUAUCCAUCACAUGUCCUCUAAGCGGCCAUACAUGAAUCAGGUUGUGCAGCUACUAAAAGGGGAAAAGGUGCCUAAUGAACUCAAUCAAAAUUCAUCAGCUCCAAGAUCACUCUUGAUAGAUGCAUGUGACCUAGAAGAUUAUACUUGCUCUAAUUAUUUGAACGACCUCAAUCGGCACAAGCAAUUACUCAUGGAGUGAUGCAUUGCGUGGGCUAUAUGUGCUGAUGUUGCCUUUAGGGGUUGCAUGUUUUCCCUCUAUAUCUAUUAAAACUUAUGGAAUAAUACUUGUAGCGGUGUGUGUUAGUGUCCACCUGUGGGUGAAGUUGACAAUGUCACAAGCUGGGGUCCUUUAUUAGGCAUGGCAAAAUAUCGUAGGGUUGUAAAUUGGCAUGAACUUGUACUGAGCAUAAUUUCUCAAGAAGCAAUCAUAGUUUGUAUGGUUGACUAACAUUAAGGACUAAAGGCCUCUGAACAACUAACUAUAUUUAAAGAAACAAUCUAUGUACAAAUCUUGCAACAGAGAGCAUUUGUACCUUUUUUUGAUCCUGUAGUGACUGGUGCCAUUUAAACAAUUUAAUACCAAAAUCUGCCAAA